AUAGGUUUAGCUGUCAGUGAGCUCAUCACAAACACCGCCGAAGGACGUUUUCGCUAUCUUCUCAACAUCAGCGCGCUUUUUUUUUUGCCCUGUGCGCACUCGAGUGCCUCCAUGAACUCAGCCAUGGCGUGGCGUUGUUUUGAAUCGCUUACGUUCAGCCAGAAUUUUUAUAUAUAUAUUAACGCGGAUCGGGAAGACGUCCCACCGUGUAUGUCUUCGCGGGGCUGAACGACCAAUUAAAAAAUUAGGAAAGAAGGACAACUAUUUUCCAUCUAUUUUUUACGCAUUUGAUUUUUGGGGGAAGUUAUUAGGCGCGGCUUCGCUUAUGUGGGAAGAGAUAGGAGGACUGCCCAUUAUAUCGAGAAAUAAGUUCGCGUCUGCAGAGGGGAUCGCAAAAACUAACCGGGACCCUAGACGUUUUUCGGGGAGAUUUAAAACCAAUCGACAGCGCCCCCCAGACAAACCUAAGGUAUACCAGGGCGUGCGUGUGAAGACCACCGUUAAGGAGUUACUGCAGAAGCACAGAGCCCUGCAGGCACAGAAAACCGCAACGAAGUCGCAAGCCGUUGCUGCCCGCGAUGCCUGCUCCACGACCACGAACACCCACCUAGAUGUCUUUGGAAUGCAAGCUCCAGAGCCCUAUUUCCAGACACGUGCCUUUACCGAAAAUGUCAACAUCCCGAUGGAGAAUGCUUACGAUCAUCAGCAGAUGAUGCACAUGAUGCCACCCGAGACUUUCAGCGGCGGCAAUUUCGUGUGUGCCACCUCCGCGCAGUGGUCUAACGGAUAUCUACCUUCUAACGCGGACCUCUAUGGCAGCAGCCUGGUUUCGAGAUCGCCCUCGGACUCCUUCAAUCUCCCCAGCCCCGUCGACUACAACAGCUACUCUCCCCCUCAGUCCAACUCCUCGUCUUCUUCGUGCUACAGCUCCCCAACGCGGAUGGAUUUGAGCUCCAGUUUCUCUCCAGAAAGCUACCACUAUCAGCAUUGCAGCCUGCAGCACUGCUUUUGUCUGUCGCACUGGUCCAGCGCGCAGGAAGGCAUGGCAACCUCGGAGUUUGCGCCCUACGGCUCAUCAGACUGUUUGUACUCGUAUGGCGACGACAGCUAUUUCAGGAGGGAUACUUCGAGUUCAGAGAUGUGUUACUUGUAAAAUGCAUUUUGAAGCACUUUGCGCGAACAUCCAGUGUCAUAACUGAUCCAUUCGUAUGAUUUUGUUGUUGUUGUAUUUUGGUUUUAGAUAAAAGAACAAGCAGAGGUAGAUGCACGAUCGGGCUUAGUUUAGAAGAGUAGUUUAAGCAAAAAAAAAGUUGAUUGCAGAGAGUUAAAUACUGUAUGUGUGAGUGUAAUUUACAAAUUAUUCAUUUAUCUUUUUUACAAUAAACAUAUUUUUCGUA